AUGGAGGACUUCCUGCAACUGAUUGUCAAAUGUUUUCCGAUGGCAACGUUUAUCCUUAUAGCUGCAUCAUGUACCAGCAAACCAAAAGAACAAGUCGUUUCCCGUGGAAGAAAGCUGACGAUGUCAACGUCUUCAAUGACUUCUGAACUUGAAGACGAUGAUAGAAAAGAAGAAGUGGAAGAAGAAAAAGUUGUGAUUCCAAUGGAAAUGAACGAAGAAGAGAAUAGAAAAGUAGCAUGUGGAAAUAAGAAGGAUUCGAAGGACAAGCCAGAAAAACCAGGAGAAGACUCACCUGACAAGAAAGAUAACAACAAAAAGGAAGAGCUGAAAGCGGAACAAGAAAUUAUUCUCGAUGAGACGAAUCCGCAUUUCGCAUAUCUUCUUGCUGGCGAGAAUCGCGAACCGAAAGACUGUGUUUUCCAUUCGAGAGGGGCUCUUGAACAGACUGCCGCAUUUCAAUGGACAAUGAAAAAGAGACUUUCGUUUGAUGAGGGAUGCUGGAAACAGUUGAGCCGUAGAAUAUCUGCCAUUAAAGCUGAGGGAUUCGAGGUUCGCGUCAAUACACGACAGGCAAAGGAGAACAGAAACAAUGCUGAUCGUGAAACGAAAUUGGAUGCAGUUUUCGCCAAAUGGGCAGCUGUGAAACCGAAAAAGAAAGGAGCAGAAUGA